AUGGCGUUCAUCUGUGCCGCCGUCUACGCCCUCGUCACCGACCCCCAGCCCUAUGCCCCAGUCUCCAAGGGCUUCGCCCUCCCCCUCGGCCCCAACGUCACCGCCGUCACCCCGGGCUUCGCCGGCCCCCUGGACUGCGCGCCCGACAAGUUCGGCAACCCGACGUGCGACAACUUCGCCUACCCUGCCGGCGACCAUGCCAUCUGGCCGGGCGCGAUGACUAACGUCGACGCCUACGCGCCAUUCCCCAACGCCAUCCUGCUGAACUGGGCGACCAUCAUCACCCUGGGCCUGGGCAACCUCUGCGCGCUGGACUUCCAGCAGCGGUGCAUGGCGGCAAAGAGCCCCCGCGUGGCGCGCGCCGCAAACAUUACGGCCGGCUUCCUCCUCCUGGGCCUCUGCGUGCCCUUCGUCCUUAUCGCCGGCCAUGUCCGCAAGAACUUCGGCCCCGACAGCCCUUUCGCCUCCUUCGCCGCCGACACCUGCAGCGCGCCGCUGGGGCUGCCGUCGUGCGCGGAGUGGGAGAGCGGCGACAAGAACGCCUUCUUCAAGUUCCUGUUCUCGAAAUUCCAGCGGGUCCUCGGCGCAUGGGUGAUGGUGGCCAUCAUGGCUGCAAGCAUGAGCACGUCUACCGGCGCCAUCCUCGCAACCUCCACGGUCAUGGCCCACAACCUGUGGCGCAAGGUGCCCAAGUACGGCACCGGCGAUGACUCUCUGCUGCUGGUGGCGCGCGCCUUCGUCGUCCCCAUGUGCGCCAUCGCCUGCGUCGUCGCCGCAUUCUCGUACAACCCUGGCUACCUGCUGGUGGUGGCCUUUGACGUGGUGUUCGCCUCCUGCCUGGUGCCGCUGUUCGCCGCCACCUACUGGCACAACAUCAGCCCCAACGCCGGGUUCCUCUCAUGCCUGUCCGGCGGCCUCACGCGCGUCAUCCUCGAGUUCACGCUCCCCAAGGACGGCACCCUGAUCGCGUUUGGCACGUAUGCGCUGCACUACGGCAAGGCGCUGGCCGGCCUGCCGGCGUUCCUGGAGGUCCAGCCGCCUACGGCCGCGCCCACCGCAGGGCUGUGGGAGCCAGAGAAGGAUACUUGCGUGCAGACGCCCAUGCGUGACCUGACCGGACUGGAUUCGCUGGUGUCUCCCUGCGUGUGCCUGGUGGUGCUGCUGCUGGUGCAGCUGAUCGAGCGCGGCUUCAGCGGCAUGGGCGACCGCGACAUCCUCUUCUUCCUGCCAAAGAGGUGGCGCUCGCCCAUCGGCGUGAUGUACCCCCGGGAGGAGGACUACACGGUGUACGAUGACAACGCCGCGGCCGCCGCCCUCGCCGCUGCGCAGCCCGUCGGCGGCGGGUUUGGCGCCGCCUGGAAGGACCCAAACGCGCCGAUAGGCGGCGUUGUGGCCGGCCCGGGGGUUGGGGAUGACACUGCGCACGGCGGGAAGGUUUGA